AUGCCAUACAUCCUUGGUCUCAAUAGUGGCUCGUCCUUUGACGGCGUCGAUGCUGUACUAUGCACAAUCGAUAUCGCUGAGGACGGUCAUCCCACACGCCCCAAGUAUGUCGACGCACUCACUGUGGACUGGCCUGAGGAACUGCAGCCUCUGAUCCUGCGUGCUUUCAACAACGACCUCACAAUCUUCGAGAUGACGCGACUCAACUAUGCUGCCGGGGCAGUCUACGCAGAGGCAGUCAACACAUUGAUUCAACGCGUUGGCAUCAAAGCCAAAGACAUUGAUGUCAUUGGUUAUGACGGCCAGACCAUUUACCAGGAGCCACCCAAUCGUCAAAAGGAGAUGGAGUACCUCAAAAGUCAAAGCAAGAGCUUGGUCGAUCUUUGGAUGAAGGGCGGCUACCCAUGUGGCUUCUUCAUCGUCGAGUCUGGCGUUGUUACUGCCUUGACUGAUAUCGACACGGUUACCCAGUUCCGUCCGCUCGACCACGCUCUCGGCGGCUCGGCGGCACCACUGAUGCAGUAUCUGGAUUUCGUCUCUUUCCGAAACGAUGGAACGACUGUUACUCUCAAUAUCGGGGGAAUCGCCAACCUUCAAGUGGCGGAUGCCGAUCGCUCAAAGAUGAUGGCAUUCGACACUGGCCCAGGCAAUGUCAUGAUUGACCACGUGGUGAAGGCGCGAACCGGUCGCAGUUACGACAAGGACGGAGAACUGGCCUCGCAGGGGAAGAUAAUUGCACCGCUGCUGGAGCAGCUGCAGAAGCACGAGUUCUUUUCGCGAAAGCCCCCCCGCUCGGCAUGGCGGCUUGACUUUGGCGCUGCGUUUGCCGACCAGAUCCUGGAGCAGUACGCCUCAGCCUCAACGGAGGACAUACUGGCGACCCUCACAAUGUUCACUGCGACUUCAAUCACCCGCAGCCUUACAGAGUUUGUUCUGCCCAGGACAUCCGUCAAGAGGGUCAUCGCUUCAGGUGGAGGUGUACAGAACCCCACCAUCAUGAAGUUCCUCGGAGAACUCCUCGAGCAGAAGGGAUUGAAGCUAGAAGUAAGCGAUGCAUAUGGCCUCCCUGCACCAUACAAAGAGGCUAUCAAGUUCGGAACCAUGGCCUUUGCGUGCAAGAGGUGCAUCGCCAAUAAUAUUCCUGCUGCCGGUGGAGCCUACAGAUAUGGAGUUCUGGGCAAGCUCAGUUGGGCACCAAGCAAGGCCAAGUUUGGAGGUGAAGUAACUGGCAGAAAUGAGAGGGUCCUUGGCCAGCUGGGAUGGACGAAGCCGUAA